GGAAAAUGUUUGGGGGAAAGAAAAGAAGAAUUUAGGAUUAGGCAGAGAAAGCACUCGUCGUCCAUCCAGUGAGACGCCCACACACACGCCCUCACUCGUGGCACCAAGCAAAGCAAGAAGAACAGGAUGGCGUCGUGGUCGUCGCCCGCCGCCGCCGCCGCCGCCGCCUCCUCAGCCUUGCAGUCCCAAUUCGGUUUCUCCUGCUGCUUCUCCGUCCUAUCGCCACGGCGUAGCCUCCUCCUACCACCUCUCGCCCGCAACCCCACGCUGCCCCUCCAGUCCCGGCCCCAUCACCUCCAGACCACCAACCACCCCUCGACCUGGAGGUGCCACGCCGUCGCCGCCGAGGUCGAGGGCCUCAACAUCGCCGACGAUGUCACUCAGCUCAUCGGCAAGACUCCAAUGGUAUAUCUCAACAACAUCGUCAAGGGAUGUGUUGCCAAUGUUGCUGCUAAGCUCGAGAUUAUGGAGCCCUGUUGCAGUGUCAAGGACAGGAUAGGAUACAGUAUGAUAUCCGACGCGGAAGAGAAAGGUUUGAUAACUCCUGGAAAGAGUGUUUUGGUGGAACCAACAAGUGGAAAUACAGGCAUUGGUCUUGCCUUCAUUGCAGCUUCCAGAGGAUAUAAGUUAAUAUUGACAAUGCCUGCAUCAAUGAGUAUGGAGAGGAGAGUUCUACUCAAAGCUUUUGGCGCUGAGCUUGUCCUUACAGAUGCUUCAAAAGGGAUGAAGGGGGCUGUAGAUAAGGCUACAGAGAUUUUAAAUAAGACACCCAAUGCCUAUAUGCUACAGCAGUUUGACAACCCUGCGAACCCAAAGGUACAUUAUGAGACUACUGGGCCAGAAAUAUGGGAGGAUUCUAAAGGGAAGGUGGAUAUAUUCAUAGGUGGAAUUGGAACAGGUGGAACAAUAUCUGGUGCUGGCCGUUUCCUGAAAGAGAAAAAUCAUGAAAUUAAGGUUAUUGGCAUUGAGCCUUCUGAAAGUAACAUACUCUCUGGUGGAAAACCUGGCCCACAUAAGAUUCAAGGCAUUGGGGCAGGAUUUGUUCCAAGGAACUUGGAUAGUGAAGUUCUCGAUGAAGUCAUUGAGAUAUCUAGUGACGAGGCUGUUGAGACAGCAAAGCAAUUGGCUCUUCAGGAAGGAUUAUUGGUCGGAAUUUCAUCUGGAGCAGCAGCAGCUGCUGCGAUAAAAGUUGCGAAGAGACCGGAGAAUGCUGGAAAGUUGGUGGUGGUUGUGUUUCCAAGCUUUGGUGAGAGGUACCUUUCAUCUAUCCUGUUUCAGUCGAUAAGAGAAGACUGUGAGAAGAUGCAGCCUGAACCGUGAGCCUAACUUCACUGUUCACAACAUCAGAAUUGUUUCCGAGAUUUCUGGCCAACUUAAGUUCUUUUUCUUUUCUGAGAAGUAUCAUACCACUUCAGUUAAUAGCUGUUUGUUCGAUAAAUAAAGCAGUUAACCCACCAUUCUUCCGCAACUAUAAUGGAGCUUGUGAGGGUACUUUCAAAUUUCGCUAAAAAAACAUACGUACAUUUGAAGGCGGGUGAUUGAUUACUUCCACCCUA